ACUUAAACUAAAUAAUCACAAUUUUUUGAAUUGACUAAAACCUCUUAUAUACUUUCUUUAGUAUAGUUUUGGUUGAAUAUUAUAUUUGUUAUACUAAAAUAUUAAAAUUGUAUUGUUUUUUUACAGCUGUAAAAUGUUUUCUCUAGCCAAAUUAGCGUACUGCGUUUGCAACGAUGACGAAAGGAUAUUUUAUAAUGAUUUAGAGACAUUAACAAUCGAUAUUCAACCUUGUUGUAUCGAUGUAUUGAGAUACCUAAAGAACCAGACAAGAUCAAAUGUUAUGGAUGUUGAUUUUUACUCUGACGGUAAAUUCAAAGACAACGAAGUUUUUGCAGGAUCAACCGCAAUUUUGCCCUGCCAUGAUACUACUUCAUAUUGCAAAUUUGCGUCGAUCUCGUUUCAAGCUAUAUCGUCCAACAGCGUUCACAAAUAUGGUACAGACGACUCAAUGAGUGAAAAGGCCGCUGCCAGUGGACAUUUGGAAUGCUUGGUGUUCGCCGAAAACCGCGGGUUUCCAUGGACGAAAACCAUAUGUGCUCAGGCGGCUGCUAAUGGACGGCUCGAGUGCCUUAAGUACGCACGCGACCAGGGCUGUCCGUGGGAUGAGUCGGUGUGUGAGUACGCCGCAGCCAACGGCCAUUUGGAGUGCCUGCGGUAUGCCCGGGAACAGGGCUGUCCGUGGAAUGUGAUGGUGUGUGAGUACGCCGCAGCCAACGGCCAUUUGGAGUGCCUGCGGUAUGCCCGGGAACAGGGCUGUCCGUGGGAUGAGAUCGUGUGCGAGAAAGCGGCUGGUAAUGGCCAACUCGAGUGUCUGGUAUACCUCCACGAUAAUGGGUGUCUAUGGGACGAGUCCACGUGUACGGCGGCCGCGGCCGGUGGGCACAUUGACGUUCUGCGGUAUGCCCACGAGAACGGCUGUCCAUGGUCUUACCCGACGUGCGAUGCGGCCGCAGAUGGUGGCCAUCUCCAUUGUCUGAUGUACGCUCACAAUAACGGUUGUUUGUGGGACGUAGGUACGAGUGACGCAGCCGCGGCAAACGGACACUACUCAUGUCUGGAAUAUGCACUGGAAAACGGUUGCCCGUUUAAUUAUAUCAUGAUUUUUGCAGGAUCAACCGCAAUUUUGCCCUGCCAUGAUACUACUUCAUAUUGCAAAUUUGCGUCGAUCUCGUUUCAAGCUAUAUCGUCCAACAGCGUUCACAAAUAUGGUACAGACGACUCAAUGAGUGAAAAGGCCGCUGCCAGUGGACAUUUGGAAUGCUUGGUGUUCGCCGAAAACCGCGGGUUUCCAUGGACGAAAACCAUAUGUGCUCAGGCGGCUGCUAAUGGACGGCUCGAGUGCCUUAAGUACGCACGCGACCAGGGCUGUCCGUGGGAUGAGUCGGUGUGUGAGUACGCCGCAGCCAACGGCCAUUUGGAGUGCCUGCGGUAUGCCCGGGAACAGGGCUGUCCGUGGGAUGAGAUCGUGUGCGAGAAAGCGGCUGGUAAUGGCCAACUCGAGUGUCUGGUAUACCUCCACGAUAAUGGGUGUCUAUGGGACGAGUCCACGUGUACGGCGGCCGCGGCCGGUGGGCACAUUGACGUUCUGCGGUAUGCCCACGAGAACGGCUGUCCAUGGUCUUACCCGACGUGCGAUGCGGCCGCAGAUGGUGGCCAUCUCCAUUGUCUGAUGUACGCUCACAAUAACGGUUGUUUGUGGGACGUAGGUACGAGUGACGCAGCCGCGGCAAACGGACACUACUCAUGUCUGGAAUAUGCACUGGAAAACGGUUGCCCGUUUAAUUAUAUCAUGAUUUUUGCAGGAUCAACCGCAAUUUUGCCCUGCCAUGAUACUACUUCAUAUUGCAAAUUUGCGUCGAUCUCGUUUCAAGCUAUAUCGUCCAACAGCGUUCACAAAUAUGGUACAGACGACUCAAUGAGUGAAAAGGCCGCUGCCAGUGGACAUUUGGAAUGCUUGGUGUUCGCCGAAAACCGCGGGUUUCCAUGGACGAAAACCAUAUGUGCUCAGGCGGCUGCUAAUGGACGGCUCGAGUGCCUUAAGUACGCACGCGACCAGGGCUGUCCGUGGGAUGAGUCGGUGUGUGAGUACGCCGCAGCCAACGGCCAUUUGGAGUGCCUGCGGUAUGCCCGGGAACAGGGCUGUCCGUGGGAUGAGAUCGUGUGCGAGAAAGCGGCUGGUAAUGGCCAACUCGAGUGUCUGGUAUACCUCCACGAUAAUGGGUGUCUAUGGGACGAGUCCACGUGUACGGCGGCCGCGGCCGGUGGGCACAUUGACGUUCUGCGGUAUGCCCACGAGAACGGCUGUCCAUGGUCUUACCCGACGUGCGAUGCGGCCGCAGAUGGUGGCCAUCUCCAUUGUCUGAUGUACGCUCACAAUAACGGUUGUUUGUGGGACGUAGGUACGAGUGACGCAGCCGCGGCAAACGGACACUACUCAUGUCUGGAAUAUGCACUGGAAAACGGUUGCCCGUUUAAUUAUAUCAUGAUUAGACAUUAUGAUGAUUAGAGCACGGUUUUUAAUGUUACAAUUCUUUUCGACGUUACAUAAAGUUAUUUAUUUUAUCACGAACGACACGAACCGUUAUUCACACAAUCACACCGUAAUUAAUGUAAUAAUUAAAAAAAAAAAAUGUGUACUUUUGUAGUUUUAGAAAAUUGAGAACUGUUUUUUAUUUUAUUUCCACCUUCAGAAUUGUAUAGAGAUUUAGUACUCCACAAAUCCGGUUUCUCAUUUUUCGGUUCAACAUCACAUUUGAAGUAUAAUAUAACAUCAUCUUGAUUUUUGGUAUUUUUUAAAUAUUUGUUUAAUACAAUCAACUAUAAUAUAACUACAAUAUAAAAUUGUUUGUCAUAUAAUAUAUCAAAUAUUACAUUGCUUGAAAAUAUCCUGCUUUAUAGAUGUAGGUAAGGUACCUAUAGCUAAUACGUAACAUGGAUAAGAUAUUCGGCAAACG